AUGGAAGAAGUUUUGGCUAAAAUGGAGGCUUGGGCUGGAAGGGGUCAUGGCCGGUGUGGUGGUGAUUUAAAAAGAAUUCAAGAACAUAUCUUGAUCGAAUCUAUAGCUCAGCGAAAGAGACCAUUGUGGAAAUUGUUUUGUUUCCGUCCAUGCCGUGACAUUUCAACGGCACAGCCAGAGGAGGCUGCAGGGCCAACAUAUGAAAAUCUUGGAUCCAUUUAUCAAAGAAAUGGUGAUAAAGGUGGCUGCAAAGAUGAAGAGGAAACCGAUUCUUCAGCUAGCCGUAGACGGAGAAGCUUUUCCAGCUUUGCAAUUGAAAGAGGAUUCUUGAAGUGGGUUCUUGGUUCUAACGAUAAAGAUAGAGGUUUGGAAAGGGAAAGAGAGCCUGUCCAUAAUGGACGAAAAAUAGAAAAGAAACCAGAACCAGCUGGUAUCGUUCAAGAAGCAAACCAUGCGAAGACGGUCAAUUCUAAUGAGGUGAUGGAGGAGGCUGUUAGCGAGGGAAAUGAAGGUUUAAAGGAAAACAGCAUAUUUUCUUCUCAAGAACCUCCUAGUUUCAGGGGAUCAGAGAACCAGGCAGUGGCAAGAAGAAGAAAGGCAAAAUUUAGGACUGCUUCUCUCGAGCAGUCGUCCAUGCCCUCAACUCCUCCAGAGAGUGUCCAUAAAUCGGUUGGAGAAGUUCAAUAUCUGACUUUGACUAGCCUACUUCCUACAUCCAAAACCAUACACAACCCCAUGAAUCUCCCACGUGUCACAUCUUCUAAACCCACUCUCGCCGCCCUUCUUCCACUUAAAUUACCAAAAUACCCAGACUAUAGCACGUGCCGCUCAAUGAACUGA